AUGAAUAAACCAAAGAGUCUCAAAAAUGGGAUGUCAAGCGAACGGGAAAAGUUAGCUUCUGCGAAGGAGGGAGAUGAUGACGAGAAGAGUGACGACUCGGAUAAACAAAUUGUCGUCGUCAACAGGAGCAUUAAAUCGAAAAUAUUUUUAGAAUCGGGCAAGGCGGAAAAGGGGGAGAAAAACUGCACCAGCAAUGCGCGCAGUGCGAGGGGUCUCCUCAGCAAAGCGGCAAAAAAAAGUGCAACCAUAUGUGGUGAUGCCCCACUGGCUCAAAUUAUAAGAAGGGACAAUAAUAAUAACAAUAAUAAGACGGGUAACUUUAGCAAAGCCGCUUUGGCCUCUUCCCAAUUUAGAGGCCUGCAGGGCGCCCAUACCACGGCCACACCGAAGCAGCAGAAAUUGGUGCACAAGUCGGAGCAGAAAAACCACAUAGGAGGGCCCCCCAGUGGGAAGAGAGAAUGUGAGGACUAUGGCUUCUUCAACGAGCUCAUGAAGAGCACCUGCGUAAAUAACACGGAAGGUAUUAAUCAUGCGGUGCGUGGUGGUAUUAGCGGGGGGGAACCAAACGAAGCAACGCACGGAAGGGACCUGCAUGCUGGGAAGAAGGAAAAAAUCGGUAAAAUUGGUAAAAUUGGGAAAGACGCCCAUUUUGAUAAAGCGAAUGAGGAAGGUCACUCGGAGUAUCUUCCUCCCUAUGAUGAAAGGAGGCACCCCUUCGAGGAACGGCCAAGCCAUUCCUCUCAACACAAUACAGUGGAACAUCCCUGGGGAGACGAUCCCCCCCUUGGAGGGACAAACCCAAGUGUCCAUUUCGCACAGGUGGGCGAAGGAGGAGGAGAAGAAGAAGGAAACGGAGACGGAGGCGGAAACGCUUUUACUUGCCGUCCGGCUUCCCCUUCUGCCACCUCGCCGGUUAUCAAAUAUGACCAAUUUGAGCUGCACGAAAUAGACAGGGAGCUCGAAAAAAUUACAGAGGAGGAAAAUAAAAUACAAGAAAAGCUAAUUUAUUUGGCUAACCAAGAGCUCGACAUUGCUAUCAAGAUGAAGCAGCUGCGGGCGGCCAGGCUGCUCAGUCAGAAGGAGGGGCAGCCAGUCGAGGGGGAUAGGGGCAGUCACAAUGCGGACAAGGGGUAG